UUUAUUUUGUUUGUUAAAGAUCUUAUCUCUUUUUAUACUGCAUCUGUUCUCACAGUAUCGCUAAAGGGUAGCAAAUGUUCAGACAAUUGACAUAGAAGCCUACGUUGUAUGGCUUCCGUAGGGGAAUAUUCCACGUGGCGAAUAUCAAUGGACUUCCAUAUUACUCAUAGCAGUAUUGCUCAUAGUAUGGUUCCCAGCUGAUACCGAAAAAGAAAAUACAACGAGCUAGUUUGACAUGAGAAACUACGAUGCUCUAUUUUCCAUUGAUUUUCUUUUUUAAAAUAGAAUGUGUAUUUUUCUGUUGUUGGGAUAUUUGAAGUCGUGCUACAUGAUACGCAGUUGGUGCUUCCAAUUGUUUUUAUUACAAGACUUUCAUGUGCCGGGGAAAGGAGGAGUCCACUGCGCAAACUCCAGACGGCUUAUUUAUUUUUCUUUUUUUUCAAAACAAAGCGAUAAAGGAGGGCACCUCAUUCAACUAUGUUCAGAUGGAAAUAAGGCGGCGGGGUAGCAAGAGGGUGACUUGAACUACAUAGGACUUUCUGUUUCGUUUUCCGGAGUAUUCGCCUGGUUUCUCGCGUCAAGGUGACCUGGCAACGUCUACGUGCGAGUGUAUACCCCGGACAACACAGCCUUUCUCUUCGCUUCUCUCAGUCACGCUCUGUCUUCGUGCAGUCCAAUAAACCGUCCAACAUCGAGCAGGACUGCUUUGCUGCUUGUGUUGUGCAGCUACGCCAAGGUCGCUAGUCGGUCAAACGAUCACGUGUGCCACACUCAUCUGCUUGUCAUUUGUUCAAAAAAUAAAGUAGGGACACUUGUUUGGAGAAGUCGUUUGGUGUGAAUCCUCCCUACACAACCGAAAUCUCAGCUUUCCUUUUGAAGGAUCGUGCUCUGUGUAAGGAAAAAGGGUAACGGGACGGCCACGAAGGACAAAAAGGCUCAACAUCAAUGUGUUUGGUUGAUCAUGAAUCUGGAGACAGUCUCCUCACCUGGAGGGGAUAGAGGAGCAGCCUGCUCGCUUGGUUCACUGUUGGCUCUAGGUUGCCGUUCACGUGCUGAAGCUGCACAUUCGUUUGCCAAAAAACUUCAUACAAAAUUGUGGUCGUUGAGCCCUUUGCAGUCAACUACCGAUGACGAGCUGUCAUCAGCCAGACACGAAGAAGAUCCCUUCAGUUCUUGGGCAGUUGAAGCUCGUUUUGAUUUGAACAGCAAACGAGUAGAAAGUGUUGUCACUAGCGCACCGCUGAUUACGCCAAAUCGAUCCGCAGACAAUUUAUCCAGCGUCGUUCAUACGACUUCAGAUUUUCAGUUCAACAAAUUAUCGCUAGUUUCAUCACCGAGCGAGUCGUUUGCAGUUACUAUGGACUCGCGCACAAAUUUCAAUAACCGUAAUACAUUGGACGGAAGCUGGGCUAACUACCAUAAGGGUCGUGAGGUACAUUCGUCUACGUCAUCAGGGCGGAGCCUAGAUCAAGAGUCGGACACGAGUAGCACGACAACAACAAAUCCAAUGUCUGACAGUGACCAGUAUUUUGAUUUUGGAAUCGAAACACCGAUCGAUUUGGACAGUGCCGGAGAAGAAACGGUGGUUCAUGAACUACCGAUGGUCAUCAACUGUGACGACGGCCUGCCAGGGCGGGGCAAAGGAGACGGCAUGGAAUCUGGUUACACAUUCGGCAGUCCUACUCUGAGCGGCGAGGAGGAUUCAGACAAUUUGGAAGACCGAGAAGAAGAGGCUUCAUUUUACGAGAGUCUUUCGCAAUCACCUGCAUCUGCCGGUUUUGCUCAGAAACCCUAUCAUGACCGAUUUAACUUCGGCCAUUCCUGCGGUGCCCACGUGUGUGAACCCCUUCUGGAUCGCUCUGACGCCGUGAAUACUAAUACUGAUAUGGACGUGUCUACCCACAACGGGGUUGCCGCAACUGAGAUGUCGGUUAGCAACACCACCCCUGAUAACGCGCUUGCGCAGCCCGUACCCAUUGAACCGCCACCGACGCAUCGUGAGAUGGCAACGCGUGCAGACCUUGGGCUUCAAGGAGAUUUGGAGGGCGACACGAGCAAUGAUUUCUUAACUGACGACGGUUCCUUAACUGAACCGUUGCAAAGCGAGAUCAUUCAUUCCUCGCAAUCCUAUCACACGGUUCGCCAAUUUCAAGUCCACGUGAAGCCAUUUCCAGAAAGGCCUUGCUUUCGGGAAGACAAAUCGGGGGCUGCUAGCGUCCAGGUGUCUGAUGUAUUGGCAGAUCUUUUUAAACUCAAACUAGACAUGGUUCGUCUUGAUCCCAUCAUCAGCGAGCAAUCGUUUAGUGUAACUGCUGACGUCAAAGAUUUUCACGUCGACGAGUAUAAUUUUCCCAUUGAAAAUGGAAAAGAAAUGGACGAUCAACACAUUGUCAAUGACAAUGUCAACGCCAGGGAAGAGUCUCCAACGAUCGAUGUUGAUUCCAACAACAAAGCGGAGGUUGAAGAUGAAUCCAGCCAGACAAGUUCCGAAGUUACUUCAACGAAAGAAUCUACGCCAUCAAAGGAAGAAGAAACGGACAAUGAAAACGAUGAUCACCACAAUCGACCUCGUGUGCAGCGUAGCACGUCUCUCAAAACAUGCAAGACACCACCAGGAACUCCAGGUGGGAAAAAAAUUGUUCGAUUUGCCGAUGCCUUGGGUCUCGAUUUGGCCCUGGUACGCACGUUCUUAGACGAAGUUCCUCACGUACCCCAAUCGGCCUUCAACGAUUUGACCGUUGCACCGACUCAAGAUGAACCGUCACUAGCUCGUCCAUCGCAAACGGGUUCCUACAUCCGCAUUACACGCCGAGAUCCGAGCACCAACAAUUCUGUCACCACGUUUGUCAAUAGCCCACGUAUUCUCAUCGCCAAUUUCACCCAACCGGGGAAUAUGCCCGACUUCCUGGAUAGGGUUAAACGACAAAAGAUUUCCCUGGAAACAGCCUGCAUGGUGGACGAGAACAGAUUGCGUGGUGUCGUUCGCGUUCUCAAUCUUGACUUUCAUAAAUCUGUUCUAAUUCGAUUCACCGUUGAUGAGUGGCGUACUCAAGUCGACCAGGCAGCUACCUACGUGCCCAACAGUUGCGAUGGACUUUCCGACCGCUUCACUUUCAAUUUGUCCGGCGCCCAAUCGAUGCAGCCCGGACAAAGACUCAUCUUCGCCAUUUGUUACCGCGUUGCUGGUCAGGAGAUUUGGGACAGCAAUCAAGGAAGAAAUUAUGUGUUCCAGUGUAUUUCCAAUUCGAAUCACCUUCCCUCCAUCGCUCUAAAUAAUCCGUUGACUGUAUCUGAUGCUUUCUUGCCCUAUAUGUAAAAAUAAUUUGUUUAACAUGAAAUUAACAUCACGUUAUUACGUGGUAAAGGGAGGUGUAUCUCCCGCUGGAUACGAUUCGAACUCCGUCUUGACCGAACUGGUUUCUGCGUAGCUUUAAAAAACGUUUAUACUUUUGAAGAGUUCUACAGAGGGUAUGGGUGUUGAUGAUUUCUCUAAUGAUUAAAGAAUAUUAUAUAGACACGAUAUUGUACAAAACCCUUUUAGUCCUCAGUGCUUAAAAAGACGCAAUAUAGUACGUGGAAUAGAAAAAUAGUUACUAUACGAAGCUGUUUUAAAUAAAUAUUAACAUUGUCAAUGGAACGUUUGACCAUAUUAUUUUGUUCUGUUUUCUUAUUAUUCACACUUGUUGUCUUCCCAUAUUUUUGUAUGCCACUAAAACUGCGGUUGAUGACGUCCGGAAAAGUUUUUACGUACAGCUUGGAUAGGAUUUUCUGUUUGGUUGUGAUUGUUGAUACCUAAUCGACAGGGUAGGAAGAUUAUAAGUUGGAAUUGUAAUUGUUAACUGAAAUAAGCUAAAUAAAGAACGAAGGGUGCAUCAACGUACAUCACUGGGAUUGAAUGGCAGUUACAUUUAAAAAAAUUGCUUUGAAUGUCAAUAAAGUUUCGAACUGACUAGAGGUAGCUAUUGCUGGUCACGAUAAAUGCGCGUACUAUUUAUUAGUGGUGAUGAAACAGCCCUUGUACCUCGCCAGAUUUGGAUUACUUAUUGACAUAUCGCUGCCGUCCCGCAUAACAAAUAAAAUAUAGACACUCGUGUCAAAUCCACGGUAAAUGUUUUUGCUUUUCAUUAUCGUUCACCGACUGACACCAAGUUACCAACCCUCCGUUUCAUGUAUAGCGUAUUCCUUAUUGUAAAUCAGACUUAAAAGGCAAAACUAAAUAAGGUUGUAAAUCAAAUUAAAGAGGAAUUUAUUCACUUGUUUUCCUUGCACCAUGUUUCACACGAUGACUGUAAACUCCGUCUAUAAAAUACACGUAUCUGUUGGGCGCUA